CUUAUAGUUACACCACUCCCUCCACUUCUCACGUCUCCAUUUUCUCCUUGUUUUACUCUCACAUUAAUCUUUUCAUAACCCAUCUCACUCUUCCUACAUUUUCUUCCUCAUAAACCACAAUGUCAAAGCUUAAACUUGUUUCUCUGCUCUGUUUUUUCUUGUUUCAAUCCGUGUAUUCACUCGAUGAUUAUGGCUCUAUCGGUGUCAACUACGGAAGGGUCGCGGAUAAUCUUCCCGACCCUUCCAAAGUGGUAGACCUUCUCAAAUCCAACGGCAUCACCCGCGUCAAGAUUUUUGACGCGGAUUCCUCUGUCCUCUCGGCUCUGGCGGGGUCGGGGAUUGGUGUCACCGUGGCAAUGCCUAAUCAGCUCCUAUCAGCCGCCGCGAAGGAUGAAUCAUCCACGGAUGCCUGGCUCAAGUCCAACAUAGUCCCUUUCCACCCGAAAACAAAAAUCGAAGCUAUCGCGGUGGGGAACGAAGUCUUUGUCGACCCUCAAAACACGCCUUACCUCGUGCCGGCCAUGAAGAAUAUGUAUAAUUCUCUUCAGAAACUCAAUUUCUCCUCGGACAUCAAGGUCUCCUCCCCUGUUGCGCUCUGUGCUCUCCAGUCUUCGUACCCGCCAUCAUCCGGAUCAUUUAAGUCGGACCUGAUUGAGCCCGUUAUGAAGCCUAUGCUCUCUUUUCUUCAACAGACCGGCUCCUAUCUCAUGGUCAAUUCCUACCCGUUUUUCGCUUACGAAGCCAACACCGAUACGAUCUCUCUGGAUUACGCUCUGCUCCGUCCCAAUCAAGGCGUAAAAGACUCUGGAAACGGAAAUGUUUACAAGAGCCUUUUCGAAGCUCAACUCGACGCUGUUCACGCCGCUCUCGAUGCCUUACAAUUCACUGACGUGAAAGUCGUUGUUUCGGAGACGGGAUGGCCUUCUGCGGGCGGUGAUAAGGAAUUCGGCGCGGGAGCCGACAACGCAGCCGCAUAUAACGGGAAUCUAGUGCGCAGAGUACUCACGGGCGGGGGCACUCCCUUGAGGCCUAACGACAAACUCAACGUCUUUUUAUUCGCACUAUUUAACGAAAAUCAAAAAACAGGUCCCGUUUCGGAGAGAAAUUAUGGGCUAUUUUAUCCCAACACAAACAAAGUUUACGACAUUCCAUUGUCACUCGAUGCAUUAAAUAGUACCAUGUCGGAUCCGGCAAAUGGGAGCAAAGCCCAAGUGCCUGUAGCAUCACCUCCAGUGAAUGAUGGGGGAGAUUUGAGCCCAAGCCCAAACGGACACACUUGGUGUGUAGCUAAUGCGCAGGCUGGGCAGGAGAAAUUACAAACUGGGCUCGAUUACGCCUGUGGACAAGGUGGGGCUGAUUGUGGGCCGAUCCAGUCAGGUGAAGCCUGUUUUGACCCGGAUACUCUCCAGGCCCAUGCUUCGUACGCAUUCAACAGUUACUACCAGAAGAUGUCACGUGCCAGCGGGACGUGUGAUUUUGGUGGAGCUGCCUAUGUGGUGACUCAACUUCCUAAGAUGGGCAACUGCGAGUAUCCCACCACCAGAGGGUAGAAGAUGUUGCAGUUAUAAUAGUCUUAUAUAUUUGUUAUUAUUUAUUACGUAAAUAAAAGCUCGAAAGUAGGAAUAUAUAUAGAUUGUUAGGUUUUCUUUUGUAGGAGAUAUCUCCGUCCAUUUAUUAUAUUUUUAUUUUACUUGAUGUAAUAUUUGUUUUACAUUGGCCGUUCUUUUGAUGCUACUCGUGAAGAUCUGUUGUUUUUUGCUUAA